CGGCAAUAGCGUAUCCUCGACUACUACAAAAACCCUAGAAAAUCAGACUUCAGAAGGGCAACAACCAAACGGCGGUCUGCUGAUGAAUUUGGCGGGUGAGAGUGAGAGAGUCGAGAGAGAGUGCGGGAAAUCAAUGGAUAACGAAGAAGCAGAUCAGAAAGUGCCAAUUUUUAUAGACAUAAGGCGAUAUUACUGUGAAUUCUGCGGCAUCUGCCGCUCCAAAAAGGCUCUGAUCGCUUCUCACAUCCUCGAUCACCACAAGGGUGAGAUGGAUAUGGAAAAAGAGGCUGGUGGGGAAGGGGAAGGAGAGAAGAUAAAAUCCAAUACUUGCGAAGAAUGUGGUGCUACUUUCAAGAAACCUGCACAUCUGAAGCAACAUAUGCAAAGCCAUUCCCUUGAGAGGCCAUACGUUUGUUCAGUGGAUGAUUGCCAUUCCAGCUUUAGAAGAAAGGACCACUUAAAUCGCCAUCUUCUUCAGCACCAAGGGAAACUCUUUAAGUGUCCAAUUGAGAACUGUAAUCGUGGAUUUGUUUGCCAAGGUAACAUGAGCAGGCAUGUUAAAGAACUUCAUAAUGAUGAUGGCACUUAUGUAGGAAGAGGUCAGAAACAGCAUGUGUGCCAGGAAAUUGGUUGUGGAAAGGUGUUCCAAUUUGCUUCGAAACUGCUGAAGCAUGAGAAUUCUCAUGUUCAUCUGGAUUCAGUAGAGGCAUUCUGCUCCGAACCAGGUUGUAUGCAAUAUUUUACGAACGAGCAAUGCCUUAAGGCCCAUAUCUUGUCCUCCCACCAACAUGUUAUGUGCGAGAUAUGUGGUUCCAAGAAGCUGAAAAGGAAUAUCAAAAGGCAUCUGCUCGCCCAUAAAGGGGGAGCGCCUGCAGUUGAGAGAAUUAAAUGCAGCUAUAAUGGUUGUCUUCAAACAUUUUCAACUAAAUCAAAUCUCACUCAACAUGUCAAGGCUGUACACCUCGAAGAUAAACCUUUUGUGUGCAGCUUUUCGGGUUGUGGCAUGAGAUUUGCAUACAAGCAUGUAAGAGAUAACCAUGAGAAGACUGGACGCCAUGUAUAUGCCUAUGGGGAUUUUGUGGAGGCUGAUGAGCAAUUCCAGUCAACGCCAAGGGGUGGCUGUAAGAGGAAGUGCCCCUCUGUGGAAAUGCUCUUACGAAAACGGGUGACUCUGCCAGAUCAGUUGGGCCUAGAGCCUGAGUACCUCUCGUGGUUGCUCGCACAAGACACGGAGGAUGGGAAUCGAGUCAUGGCGUUCUAGUUAAAAUUACCGCACACGUCAGUACUAACGUAUGAGAGUGAGCUUUAGGAAGUGGAUAGAUAUGGAUGUUUGAUGUAUAUGUAUAGCAUUUUUGUAUUCAAUAAAGUCUUGGUAAAUAAUCAUGGAGAGAAAUUCGCUA